UCCACAUUGAUUUCACGCAUGCGCGCUUUCCGCGCAUGCACAGUCGUUCACAUCGCAUACGUUCUCCAACGGAAAGAUGGCGUCAGUCUCGAAUUAUAGCAGCUACAACCAGGCUGGUGCACAGCAAUCGUAUGGGUCAUACACCACUCCUCCUCCUCAGGGCUAUGGACAAACUGCACAGCAGGGCUAUUCUCAGCAAGAUUAUAGCUCAUAUGCGCAACCCGCAGCUGCACCUGAGUCUACCUACAGUCAGGCAGCGCCCUCUGCUGGAGCGUAUGCACAACAGCAGUAUGGAUCCUCAUAUGGACAAGCAGCAACCACUGCAGCUGCAGCAGCGCCAGCUGCAUAUGCAACAGCACAGCCAGGAGGUUAUAAUCAGCCUGCACAGAGUUAUGGGGCCAGUAGCUACACCAGCUCCACUGCUGCCCCUGCCGCCCAGGCCUCCUAUGGCUCCCAGCCCGGAUACUCCGCCCAGCCGGCCUAUUCCGGCUACAGCCAGCAGCCUGCUGCCUCCGCUCCUCAGAGCUAUAGUGCCACCGGCCAGCCGGCCUACAACCAAGGUGCCUAUUCCCAGGCUGGAGCUUAUUCUCAGCCUCAGGGUGGGUACCAGGCACAGCAGCCAGGCUAUGGGCAACAGCAGCAGAGCAGUUAUGGGCAGGGACAACCACCUCAGCAGGGCCCACCUGCUGCCUACCCGCCGCAGGGAAACAGUUCCUAUGGACAACCUCAGUACAGCCAGCAGGGUGCGUCACAAAAUGAUUACAACCAGCAAAGUCCUUAUAACAGUUACAGUCAGAGUGGUGUGAGCGGUGGCUACCCAGGGUCACAGCAGCGGGGUGGAUACCCAGGAGAUUCCGGCAGAGAUGGUUAUGAUCGUGGAGGUCCUCGGGGGCGUGGGGGUAUGGGCCGCGGAGGCAUGGGCAUCGCUGGAGACAGAGGGGGCUUCAAUAAGCCUGGUGACGGCAUGAGGGGUGGAAUGGAUCGUGACAUGGGGCAUCCAGGAGAGCAGGACUCUGAGAACAGCACCAUCUACAUCACAGGCCUCACUGAAAAUGCCACUCUACCAGAGAUGGCCGACUUCUUCAAACACUGUGGACCGAUACGGAUAAAUCGGCGUUUAAACCAACCAGCCAUAAACAUCUACACAGAUAAAGACACUGGCAAACCAAAGGGAGAUGCCACACUGUCCUAUGAGGAACCUGCUUUUGCCAAAGCUGCUGUUGAACACUUCGAUGGUAAGGAGUUCCAGGGCCGGAGGAUAAAAGUCGCUAUGGCUCGCCGGAAACCCAUGAUGGGGGGUAUGAGAGGAGGAAUGUCAAUGAGAGGUGGCCCUGGGAUGGACCGAGGUAUGGGAAGAGGAGGAGACAGAGGUGGUUUCCCCCCUCGUGGAGGCCCACGAGGUGGAAUGGGUUGGAACGGGCCUCCAGGAGGCAACGUGCAGAAGAGAGCUGGCGACUGGGAAUGUCCCAACCCUGGAUGUGGAAAUCAGAACUUCUCCUGGAGAACAGAGUGUAACCAAUGUAAAGCUCCAAAACCUGAAGGCCUUGGAGGUCCUCCCUUCCCUUCUGCAGGUGGUGAUCGUGGCAGAGGUGGAAUGAGGGGCGGCAGAGGAAUGGAUCGUGGUGGUCCGGGGGGCAUGCGUGGAGGCUGGGGAGGAGAUCGUGGUGGCUUCAGAGGAGGCCGUGGUGGUAUGGACAGGGGUGGAUUCAGAGGAGGCAGCAGGGGUGGUCCUCCCAUGGACAGAGGGGGCAGGAGAGGCAUGGGACCCCCAGGCAAGAUGGAUAUGAGGGAUCAUCGUCAGGAGCGCAGAGAGAGACCCUACUGAGAUCAUUCGUCAAGCAAAAGAAAAUUUACAUAGAGGAAAAAGUUUUAAAAGUUCUUUUUAUUUAUGAUUCCAUAUUUAUACAUGGCUAUCUUUUUUUUUUUUUUUUGGUUGCUUUUCCUUUGUUUUUAAUUUCAGUACCACUUUGUGGUUUUAGUUAAACCUUUAGGUUUCUUUUUUUUUGUAUGCAAUAAUGGCUUUUUUUUCUUUUUAAGAUACUCAGUUGCCCUGUAGUCAUUUUUGGGGAUGUCCGUCUUAAGUGUCUCUCUAUGUAACUAUGUACUUUGAACUGUUUUUAAAAAAAAUAAACUUUUCCACCUCCAA